UGAACAGUCGCACCAAGCAACCACUUCCUGACCAAAUUAUAGCUCUACACCUGCACGGUUCCCAUGAUGGAUGGCAUUUUGACGGACGAGGAGAUCGCCACGCUAGCAAACGACACGACGCCGGCACAACCUCCACGACCUGUGAAGAUCGCCAUGCAGCUCAUCCGCAAGUGCAUGAGUAUGCCACAUGCCGCCGCUCCUCCUUCGACCGAUAACGGUCACGACGACGACGACGAUGCAGAGGUCGCGUCGAUGCUAACUAAACCCGUGUUGCGGUUGGACUGGCAGGGCAUCGCCAAGAUCGAGCACCUCGACGUGUUUUGCCACGUUCGAGACCUGUACCUCCAGCAUAAUGCUAUCCACCGGCUGGAAAACCUCGACUUUCACAGCAACUUGGAGUUUUUAGCGCUUUCGCACAACCAUAUCACGGUGGUGGAGAACAUUUCGCAUUUGACCAAGCUCAAGUUUCUCGACUUGUCGCACAAUCGCAUUGCCCACUUGGAUGUUUCUGCGUUGCCGUCGUCGCUUGUGGUGCUACGACUUGCUGGGAACCCCUGGGCGGAAUCGAACGAUGGGUACUACUUGACGUUGUUCAAAGUGUUGCCGCGCCUGCAAACAGUGGACCAAUACCGCCGGCAAUCGAACGGUGCCGACAGUCCGACGUACCACGGCGACGCUGGUCGUCCAGACGCUGGCAGCCUGACGACGCCGUUGUUUACGACCCCCGAUACGGCGUCGCGUGAAGCGAUCAAAGAACAAAAGGAAGCCAUGAGCGCGCGCCACGUGGACAAGAUGAAGCAGCUGAAUGCGAAUCUCAACGACGAAAAGGACCAAAUCGUCGAGCGGUCGACCCGUCGGAUGCGGGAACGUCGGCAAAAGCUCCAACAGCAAACCAAGACCUUCAUGGAGGAAGCCGCAUCGCAUGUUCAGGCGUUGCAUGCCAAGCACGCGACCUGGCGUCGAGCGCAGCUGGAGGCGACGUCGCAAGCGUCGUAGUGAACGAAGACGUAAACAGUAAUGACAAGGAAACGUAAUGCAUGUUAUACUUGAUACCCUCGUUUCUGCGCCCCAGCCAACUUGUCGACAAUGUCGCCGAUCACAGGGAGGUUCAGGACGGUGCCGAUGAUGGGCGUUUGCCGCAAGAACGCAACGGCCACGGGAAAAAACGAGCCGAAGAGGUUCAAGAAGCCAAAUGACUGCACGACCAUGCCGACCAUCGGCCAGCGCACCAUGACCAAGACGAUCCCGCCUAGGAAGCACACGAUACCGCGCCAACGUUCGACCCGGGUGAAGAAUUUGAUCGUCCGCGACAAGCCGAUGGUGAGUGCCAGACCGGAGAGAAAGAGGACGUCGCCGAUGGCGAGCAGCGCGGCAUCGAAGAAGAGCAUCACCCCCAAGAACAGGAAAGCGAAGCCUAGGCCUAGGAGCAGCGUCCCGAUCUUGCGGUUGUCGUCGAAGUUCAUCCUACCCGCGGCGACGUCGUGGAAGUAAAUGUGCGAUUGAAACCUCCAUCAUGC